AACAGAGUAUGAUUGCAUAUAAGAGCGGGCAACUACUUGGACAUCAAGAGACGAUGUGCUGUUUGGCAUUCUUGCUCUUUCAAGUUUUCUGCCCUACAAAUCGUCCAGAACAUUCAACAAAGAUCACACGAGGCUCCUCCAAUUUUAGCCAUUCACCAUGUCCUUGCCAUACAAAAAGGUAUUGCUUGUCGGAGCGACUUCUGGAAUCGGAGCAGCAUUAGCCGACAAACUAGUCGAGAACGGCACAUUCGUCAUCGCGGCCGGGAGACGAAAGGAGAACCUCGACAAGUUUGUUGACAAACACGGCGCAGACAAGGCGGCCGCAGCGGUCGUCGACAUUCUGAGGCUUGAAUCGAUCCCGGAAUUUGCCGCAUCCACUCUCAAGGCUCACCCCGAGAUCGACUGCGUCUUUCUUAAUGCCGGCGUACAGCGCGGUGUCAACUUCACCAAGGCCGAGACGGUAGACUUGGACAUCAUCCACGACGAGCUGUUGGUGAACUACCUCUCGCACGUCCACCUCACCAAGGCCUUCCUCCCCCACCUCUCAAAGCAGGGCAAGCAGACGGCUCUGCUGUACACGACGUCCCAGCUCGGCCUCACGCCGAUGAAGCGCUGCCCCAACUACAGCGGCUCCAAGGCGGCCAUGCACGGCUUCAUUCUCGCGCUAAGGGCCCAGCUGAGGGAUGCAUCCUCGGGUGUCAGAGUCGUCGAGGUCUACCCCCCGGCGGUGCAGACGGAGCUGCACGACGCGAAGAAUCAGCCCGAUUUGAAGAACGGACACGCAAUCGGCAUGCCGGUAGGCGAAUUUGUUGACGAGGUCUACCGGAGGUGGAUAGACGGCGAGGAGCAGAUCCCCGUGGGGACAGCGAAGCCCAUGUUUGAUGCUUUUGAAAAUGCGAGACAGGAGUAUUUCGUCUCUUUCAAUGCUGAGAUGGACAGGGUCUUGGUCGAUUUUACGGCAUGAUACGCCGAGUUGGGGGCAUGCCCAGAGAAUUGAAGAUUCGAAACCCGAUGGCGUUAAUUUCAUGUACCGUUCAUUCUGCUGCAAAUGGUGAGAAUAAUUUGUAAUGACUGUGUAAGAUGUUGAGCAUGCAUUCUGCUUCACUGCUGCGCAUUC